AUGUGCAACUCCUCUUGUGGCUCCUGCUGCUCUGGCCAGGGCUAUGGCUGCUGCCAGCCCAGGUGCUGCCAGACCACCUGCUGCAGGACCACCUGCUGCCGCCCCAGCUGCUGCAGGCCCUGCUGUGUGUCCAGCUGCUGCCGCCCCUCUUGCUCUGGUGGGUCCAGCUGCUGUGGCUCCAGCUGCUGCCGCCCCUGCUGCUGCAUCUCCAGCUGCUGCCGCCCCUCCUGUGACUCCUGCUGCUGCCAGACCUGCUGCCGCCUGCGUCCAGUCUGUGGCAAUGUCUCCUGCCACACCACUUGCUAUCGCCCCACCUGUGUCAUCUCCACCUGCCCCCGCCCCAUGUGCUGCCAGACCACCUGCUGCAGGACCACCUGCUGCCGCCCCAGCUGCUGCAGACCCUGCUGUAGUGGGUCCAGUGGCUGUGGUGGUUCCAGUGGCUGUGGCUCCUGCUGCUGCCGCCCCAGCUGCUGCCGCCCCAGCUGCUGCAGGCCCUGCUGUGUGUCCAGCUGCUGCCGCCCCUCUUGCUCUGGUGGGUCCAGCUGCUGUGGCUCCAGCUGCUGCCGCCCCUGCUGCUGCAUCUCCAGCUGCUGCCGCCCCUCCUGUGACUCCUGCUGCUGCCAGACCUGCUGCCGCCUGCGUCCAGUCUGUGGCAAUGUCUCCUGCCACACCACUUGCUAUCGCCCCACCUGUGUCAUCUCCACCUGCCCCCGCCCCAUGUGCUGUGCCAUCCCUGACUGCUGA